UGAUGUUAAAGAGAUAGAUAUCAGUGAUAUUAAACAAGAACUUGACUACACUUUCGAUGUUACAGAGACAGAUAUUAAACAAGAACUUGAAAACGCUAGCCAUGUUAUUACUGAUAUCAAGCAAGAAUUUAAUGAGUAUGACUUGCCAAUUUUGAAAAUAGAAAGUACAUGGGAUUUGGGACAUAGCAGCAAAUCGUUAGACAAUACCACUAAAGGUAUUUUAAAGAAAAAGAGGAAGUAUGCAUGUCCUAUCUGCCAAAAUAAUGGUAAAUUUGGGGCCCAAAACGGAGAUUAGAGACAUGUUCCUUGAAUUACCAUUUCCUCUAAAAUUUAAAGUUUAUCUUUUCAAUAUAACAAAUCCAAUGGAGGUUCAAAAUGGCGCAUUACCAGCGGUUACAGAAAUUGGUCCUUUUUGUUACAACGAAUGGAAGGUGAAAGUUAACAUUGGGGACGAUGAAAAAAGUGAUACAAUUUCCUAUAUACCAAAAGAUACAUACAUGAAGACAAUGGAUCCGGGCUGCAAAUCGGGUCAAACUGAAGUCACACUUCCUCAUGCUCUUCUUAUUGGAACUGUCAAUACAGUUAACAGAACAAAACCAGGAGCUUUAGCAGUAGUUAAUAAAGCCAUUAAAUCCAUAUUUAACAGUCCAACUUCUAUAUUCUUGACUGCCAAAGCAGACGAUAUUAUUUUCAGUGGAGUCGAUAUUAAUUGUAAAGUUACAGAUUUUGCUGGAAAAGCGACUUGUAUGGAGCUUAAGGAAUCUGGAACUUUACUGGAACGUGAUGGGCGUAUUCUAUUUUCAUUUUUAGGACUGAAAAAUGGAACUCUUCAAAAAAGAAUCAAAGCUCUACGUGGAACGAAGAAUUACCAUGAUGUAGGAAGAAUUGUUGAAUAUAACAGUACAAAAAUUAUGUCUGUAUGGUCUACAAAAGAAUGCAAUAAAAUAAGAGGAACGGAUGGUACUAUUUUUCCUCCAAUGCUGAAGAAAGAAGAAGGAAUUGUUAAUUUUUCUCCAGAUAUUUGCAGAUCUCUUGUUCCUUUCUGGGUGAAAAAAACUAAAUAUGACGGUAUUUCCGUCAACAAGUAUACAGCUUCAUUGGGAGACAUGUCAGCGAAUAAAGAAGAUAAAUGCUAUUGUUACACGCCUGAUACAUGUCUUAAAAAAGGUUUGAUGGACUUAUACAAGUGUGGUGGGAUACCGAUUUAUAUAUCGAUGCCACACUUCUAUGACUCUGAUAAAUCCUAUUUAGAAGGAAUAGAGGGGCUGAACCCCAAUCAAGAGGAUCACGAGAUCUCUAUUUUAUUCGAACAGUUGACCGGUAGUCCAGUUCAAGUCAGAAAAAGGCUUCAAUUCAACAUGCCUUUGGAGGCCAAUAAAAAAAUAGAAUUGUUUAGGAACCUCACAAACACUGUAAUUCCAUUAUUCUGGAUAGAAGAGGAGGAGGAAGACGAGUAGUAUGAGGAGGAGGAGUAGGAGAAGGAGUAGGACGACGACGACGAGAAGGAAUACCUGAACUAAAUUGGCUACCACUUCCUAAACGACUUCCGAGACCACCUUCGAAACCACUUGCCAAACCAUGAAUAGGCGCACCUCCUCCUAAACUAGACGUACUGUGAAUUGUAACCACAGGAAUGUACGCAUUUCCAACAGCGACAAAUGUUAUGGAUAGCUGAUCACCAUUUGGGAGUCUCAAUGAAUAAAAUCCCUUCGCAUUCAUGAUUCCUUCUUUAGAACCUGCUGCUACGUACGGUCCGUUAUCAAAUCGUGAAGUUCCGCCAUUGGACCUGGUCAAAAAACAAACAAAAAUUAUAGAUACUUUAAGCUACGGUUUGUUAUAAUUAGACCUAGGCAUAUAUGCACC